AUGGGGCACUUUCAAGGGCAAGCACUUAAUAGUGCUGCUGAGUGGCCUGCUGCAGCAGCAGCUACAGACAGUCCCUCAGAGGACAGUCCAGAAGCAGCAGCAGCAGCAGCAGCAGAUGGGCCAUCAGCAGCCGAUGCAGCGGAGUGUACCUCCAGCUCUGGCGAGACUCAAGGCUCAACAGCAGCAGCUGAUGCAGCAACAACACCAGCAGAAACUGCAGCAGCAGAUGCAGCAGUAGAUGCAGCAGCAGAUGCAGCAGCAGAUGCAGCAGCAGAAUCCGCAGCAGCGCCUGAAGGUGUAUCCUCAUCUCCUGCAGACCCAUCAUCAUCAUCAUCACCAUCAUCAUCAGCAGCAGCAGCAGGGGACACCGAAUCAGCAGCAGCAGGAGAAGGAGAAGAAGAAACAUCAGCAGUAGCAGCAGCAGCAGAAACAGCAGCAGCAGCAGCAGCAGCAGCAGCAGAAGCUCCGUCUGUGUGGUCCUUAUUUCCUACUGAUUGGCAAAUGUUACCAAUUAGCCGAAUUGCUUCUCUUCUUUUUGAAUCUCUUAUAUCGGGGGGGAGGUCGCUGCAGCGCGUCAGCAGCAAGCGCAGCAGCAGCAGCAACAGCAGCAGCAGCAGGAAUAGCAGCAGCAAUAGCAGCAGCAGGAAAUCAUCUCUAGAUCCACAGGCAGACUCAAGGCAUCGGAGUCCAAGGCGGACACACAGAGACAGUCAAGGGUCAUCUUCGGAGGGGACAGCAGAAUCUCCCUGCAGCUGCUGCAGCAGCAGCGGCAUCUGCAGCAGCGACAGCAACGGGGAGAAGACUACGCCGCUGCUAGGCCUGGCUAGCAGCAGGAGACACAGCAGCAGAGGGACACACAGCAGCAAAGCCUUAAGACAGCGCAGCAGGAGAUCACAGCAGCGGCUGCUGCGGCGGCCAUCUGCUAGGAGAACAUCACGUGGUGCUGCUGCUGCUGCUGCAUCUACUGCUGCAACUGCUACUGGUAGCGUCAGCAGGAGCAGCAGCAGCUGCUGCAGCAGCAGAGGGAACAGCAGCUGCGCAGAUGUGAGUGAUAACGCAGAUGAUGGGGAGGAAGACCAACACAAGCAGCACGAAGGGCACCACCAGCAGCAAGAGCAGCAAGAGCAGCAGCAGCAGCAGCAGCAGCAGCAGCACGAAGACAGCGGCACGAAGCCAUCCUUAGAAAAUUGGAUGGGGACUUUGGGCCUUGAAAAUGUUCCCUUAGAAAAACUUAUUAUACCGGGUAAACAGCAGCAGCAGCAGCAGCAACAGCAGCAGCAGCAACAGCAGCAGCAGCAGCAGUAA